CUCACACCAUGGAUAUCCCGUCAUUGCUUGGUGACGGUCAGGGCAACUAUAGAGUUCAUGUUGUGGGCAAUAGUGGCACCGGCAAGUCAACCAUCAGCGCGUACAUUGCCACUAAACUCAAUGUGCCACAUAUCUCCCUGGAUGCACUUUUCUGGGGACCUGGGUGGGCAACCCCUUCAGAUGACGAGUUCAAGGAAAGAGUUUCUGCUGCGUUGACACAGAAUUCCAAAGGAUGGGUUAUCGACGGCAACGGCGGCCAGUGUGGCACGCUCAUCCCGGAUCAUGCAACAGAUGUCAUUUGGCUCGACCCCCCUCUAUGGUUCUACUUGCCACGAAUCUUUUGGCGUACGCUUCUUCGCCUGUUAAAUAUAAUCCCAACCUGCGCGGAAGGGUGCAAUGAGACUUGGGGAGACGUCCUAUCCACGAAUGGUAUUAUCUGGUACUGCAUUUCCCGCCAUGGAUAUUGCAAACACAGGUUCGGCGAAAUGCUCGCUCGUACCUCGAUUACAAAAGGAGGAAAUAUGAGGCGCCUCAAUGAGUGGGAUGGCGAUUUGAGGACGUGGAAGGCUGGGCUCGAGGAGAUGCUGCGCACACACUAAGUAGCAGUUACUCCUACUUAAUCAUAAUGCUCCAGAAUGCCCUACGAACUUGAAUGAAUACCAUCUGACAAGAGAUAGUUUGGAGGCCGUGAUCAAGGCUUUUUUGUCAGGCUCGCA